GCCGGGGUGAUAGGAUUGGAUGUCGCUCUUGUACUUGCUGAGAACGGCUACGGACACCAUAUUACUAUUGUUGCGCAACAUUUGCCUGGAGACACUUCUAUCGACUACACCUCGCCUUGUGACAAAAAUGCGCUGAUCUGGGACAAGGCUGGGUACAAGCGUCUGAUGAAGCUCGCAUCAACAGAAGGACCUGCAGCUGCCAUCAGAAAAACACAAUCGUUCGAAUACUGGGAUGAGAAGCCAGCAGAGCAGAAGUUGAGCUCUCUUGCAGACUAUCUCGAGAACGUAAGACCUUCACCCCCAUCUCAACUGUACACCGUGAUAACGACUUCACCAAAACCANNGUUCACCGUCUUACCCUCGGAGAAACUUAUUCCAGGCACUGCUUACGGCGUCUCUUUCACAACAGUCACCAUAAAUGCUCCCCGGCAUAUCCAGUACCUGAAGAGCAAGCUCGAAAGUCUUGGUGUCCGAUUCUUCCGUCGCAAGCUUGAACACUUGGAUCAAGCUUUCCUCGGUGAGCGAACCAAAGUUGUGUUCAACUGCGUUGGAAAUGCCGCUCGAAACUUGGCAGGAGUUCACGACCAAAAGUGCUUCCCGGUCAGAGGACAAAUCUUGCUCACACGCGCGCCUCGAAUCGAUACGAACAUCAUGCGACAUGGCAAAGAUUACGAAACUUACAUCAUUCCGCGCCCAUACUCGAAUGGCAAUGUCAUCCUCGGAGGUUUUAUGCAAAAGAACAAUNNGGGUAGGCUUGUCAUACUCGAGCUCCGCUAUGACAUGAGACUGACUUUUUGUAGUACUGGAGACACAUUCGCCCACGAGGUCGAGUCCAUCUGGCAAAGAACAUCGACUCUCGAACCAGCCUUGGACGCGCCCGAAACCGAGGUCCUUGCAACAUUUGCUGGACUCCGACCUGGUAGACAAGGUGGUGCACGCAUCGAGUCGGAAACACGAAGUUCUGGGCGUCUGCUCGUUCACAACUACGGAGCCGGAGGAACUGGUUAUCAAGCAGGACUUGGAAUGGCGAUGGAAGCUGUUGGUCUUGCGCUACCACAUCUUACCAACGCUUUGAGAGGCUCUGAUAUCGUCGAUCUCGCGGCUAAUGAGGCAAAAGCGGUUCGCGCAAGCCUG